UACAAGUGCCCUUGAAAGUAGAGAGAGAGAGAGAGAGGUAGGUUGCGGAGAGUCGAAGCGAGUCUCGAACAGUUACAGUCGUUUCUGGGAGUUGAGAGGAUUUUCCGGAAUAUAUAUAUAUAUAUUUUCCUUCUCAUAGAUUUUCGUCGUUGGAUCUUCCAGGAAAGAAGAGCAUGCAUUUGGGAUUAUGUUGUUAUAAUUGAAAUGGAUUCUGCAAGGAGCUGGUUUCACAGAUUCAAACCUAGAAGUGACAAAUCGAAGUCGUCGCCAACUAAGAAGAAGGAAACGGAGAAUGGGAAACAUGGACAGAAGCCCCCCAUUGAUGAGGCACCUUCAAAUAUCACAAAACAGAAGGUUGCUGCUGCUAAACAGUACAUUGAGAACCAUUACAAGUCUCAGAUGAAGUGCUUGCAAGAGAGAAAGGAGAGACGCUGGAUGUUGGAGAGAAAGCUUGCUGAUGCUGAAGUUUCGAAGGAAGAGCAGAACGAUCUUCUAAAAUACUUGGAGAAAAAGGAAACUGAAUAUAUGCGUCGUCAAAGACAUAAAAUGGGUGUUGACGACUUUGAGCUCCUUACAAUCAUAGGAAGGGGCGCAUUUGGGGAGGUGAGACUCUGUAGAGAAAAGACCACAGACCAUGUCUAUGCUAUGAAAAAACUCAAGAAAUCAGAGAUGCUUCGUAGGGGUCAGGUGGAGCAUGUUAAAGCUGAGAGGAAUCUCCUUGCUGAGGUUGACUGUCCCUGCAUCGUUAAACUUUACUGCUCCUUUCAAGAUGAAGAGUUUUUGUAUCUCAUCAUGGAAUAUCUUCCUGGUGGAGAUAUGAUGACAUUGCUAAUGCGCAAGGAUACCUUAACUGAAGAUGAGGCUAGAUUUUAUGUUGGGCAAACAGUCUUAGCGAUUGAAUCCAUUCACAAACGCAACUACAUCCACAGGGAUAUCAAGCCUGACAACUUGUUGCUUGAUCGUUAUGGCCAUAUGAAGCUUUCAGAUUUUGGAUUGUGUAAACCCUUGGACUGUAGUAGUUUUCCGAAUCUUCACGAGAAUGACUCUGCAAUGGGAAAAAAUUUCAGACCUACACUGGAAACUGAUAAGCGCUCAAUUGAACCUGCUGUACUGAAGCGUACACAGCAGGAACAGUUGUUACAUUGGCAGAAAAACAGGAGAAUGUUGGCUUAUUCUACUGUUGGUACUCCUGACUAUAUUGCUCCUGAAGUUUUGCUGAAGAAAGGAUAUGGAAUGGAGUGCGAUUGGUGGUCACUUGGAGCAAUCAUGUAUGAGAUGCUUGUGGGCUAUCCACCAUUUUAUUCUGAAGAACCAAUGUCAACCUGUAGAAAGAUAGUGAACUGGAGAACUCACUUGAAAUUCCCUGAGGAGGCAAAUCUGUCAGCUGAAGCUAAAGAUCUCAUCUGCAAACUGCUGUGCAAUGUGGAACGGAGGCUUGGGACUAAAGGAGCUCAUGAAAUAAAGGCACACCCGUGGUUUCAAGGCAUCCAGUGGGACAAACUAUAUCAGAUGGAAGCUGCUUUUAUACCAGAGGUUAAUGAUGAGUUGGAUACUCAGAAUUUUGAGAAGUUUGAGGAGAUGGGAACUCCGAUUCAAACUUCAUCAAAAUCAGGCCCAUGGAGAAAGAUGCUUUCAUCCAAGGAUGUGAAUUUUGUGGGUUAUACUUACAAGAACUUUGAAAUUGUCAAUGAGGAUCCUGUGCCCGGCCUUGCGGAGCUGAAGAAAAAGAGUAAUAAGCCAAAGAGGCCCUCAAUCAAGUCCCUAUUUGACACGGCUGCCACUCCCGAUCAGCCCAUCCAAGGAAGCUUUCUCAACCUGUUGCCAACACAGCUGGAGGUCUCCGAGAGCCCUGAGCUGUCACUCCGCCCUGCUAGACCGCCACCAUAUCGGCCCCCACCUGUGCACAGAUAGCAAGCAAAGCUUCACCAGUAACUGUUCAUAGCUGAAGCAGUAAAAGAAAAAAAGAAAAAAGAAAAAAAAAAAUCAAAUCCUGGUUUUUGUCUGUUCUCCAUUCUGCAAAAUAUAAAGCUGUUGUAGCCUAGAAUCUCCUUUUAAGGGUUUGUGUCGCAGAUCUCUCAAUUUUCAUCCCAUACAAAAAAGAGGGUUGAAACAGAUGGGAUGCGUUUGGGGGUGUCAUCAAAUACAUUGAAAAUCCUAAAUAUUAUUAUUAUAUUUUUUUGGUUGGAGUUGAUAAUAACAUGUACUAUAUAUGUAGAUUUUGAUGCAUGUGAAGGUACAGUCAUAUACUGUGGCAAUGGACUUGGCGGCCCGGCUUUUGACCAGGCUAGGAUCUAUCAUGGGAUGUACUGUCUGAUCAAUUGUCAAGCUGGACUUUUGUUCAAGUCAUUUUAG